AUGAAUUAUGCAUUCGAUUGCAUCUUGGGGAUACCGUGGCUGUCACGGUAUCAGCCGACGAUAGACUGGCUAUCUCGGUCCGUCAAACGACGAAGCGGUUACGACGUAAGUGAAGUUUUCACUCAUCUGUUGAUAGCGCCAUCCGAUUGGCCUCACGUCAGGGUCGUGAACGAACUCGCCACGACUAGAAGUCAGCACAGAGAGAGCGAUGGCCCUCUGUGUCCGGUAUGUUCAGUCACACUGAUAGAACCACAACACGAGGCGGUCGAACAGAGGUUCCCGCAAACCCAGACAUCGGUCGAGCAGGGGCUCCCGAUUCACAACGAGACGGUCGAACAGAGGUUCCCGCAAACACAGACAUCGGUCGAGCAGGGGCUCCCGAUUCACAACGAGGCGGUCGAACAGAGGUUCCCGCACACACGGACAUCGGUCGAGCAGAAGCUCCUGAUUCACAACGAGGCGGUCGAACAGGGGUUCCCGCACACACGGACUUCGGUCGAGCAGAGGCUCCCGAUUGUAACCGAGGUGGUCGAGCAGAGGCUCCCACAUACAUUUGAGGCGGUCGACGACGAGCUCCCGCCUCUUAUCGACGAGAAUGAACGGGCUGUGGACUUAAAUGUGAACGACGUGGUGGAGACAGAGCUCCCACAUCUAGCGGGGGGUACUUCAUCCUCCAGCGACAGCGACGUUCCAGCCUCGAGCAGUGGCUCAAGACGCAAGAGAAAGUGUAAACGCAAGAAAGGUGCACGCCGAUCACCAAGACGACGAAAUUCUCGCUCAAGCGCCGUUGACGAUGAUACUGUAUUGACGGAAUCCGUUUGUGCGCUUGAAUAUGUGGAAGGGUCUUCAAAUCGUGGCCGCUACGUUGAGGUAGCGAGCCCUCCGUGCACUGUUGCAGAGAUCACAUCUCUAUUAACCCUACCAUGGAAAGAUUUUCUUCACGACCUCAAGGCAGGCGACAUCGAGCAAGUGUGCAUCAUAUCAGCCGCCGAAGCAGCUAGUGGAGAAGUUCUGGAGGCUCGCCCAAAGAGCGCUGAGCCCAAAUCAGCGCGCGAAGAACGUUUCGUGGCACAGUCUUGGGAAGCCCUUCGUGCUUCGGGCAACCCUGUCUAUGAUAUCGCGCGUGAGUAUGCCGACAUCUUUCCGGAGAAUAUCCCCGCUGAGCUUCCAGCGGAUCGUGGUGUGCGACACGAGAUCGAUCUCGUGCCAGGAUCGAAGUAUUGCGUGACGCGGCAGUGGCCGCUACCGCGUGACCAAGUCAUCGCAAUUGAUGAAUUUUUUGAGGGCCGCCGUAAGGCAGGACACGUCCGCGAAAGCAUAUCGCCACAUUCGAGUCCGACUUUCUGUGUGAAGAAAGCCACCGGCGGUUGGCGCAUCGUGCAUGCUUUUAACAAGUUGAAUGACGCCACGAUCCCGGCUCAAACACCAAUUCCUCGGAAAGACAUGGUACUGGAUACCAUGUCCGGCAGCGAGAUUUUUAGCGCCAUAGACCUGACAGACGGGUUUUACCAGAUUUUAAUGAGGGACAGUGAUAUCCCGUUCACCGCUGUCAGCACACCGAGUGGGAUGCUUUGGGAGUGGCUAGUCAUGCCACAAGGCCUUAAGAAUGCUCAAGCAACGUUUAACCGGAUGGUGACACAAGUGCUUCGGCCACUACGUGAUUUCGCUCCAAGUUAUUUCGACGAUAUUUUUGUUCACAGCCGCGCUGAGCAACAACUCAGCGCUACGGAGGUCCACCUUCGGCAUUUGAAACAGGUGUUCCAAGUGAUGCGCGAGAACAAACUGUACGCAAAUUCGAAGAAGUAUGUCUUCUGUGUCCUCGAGAUUCCAGUACUCGGUUUUUAUGUCAGCAAGGAAGGUGUCCGCGCUGACAUCUAG